AGAUCGAGACAUCAUCGAGAUUCCGAAACAACUCUCUUACCGGAAACUACACAUAUCAUUUUAUUGGAAACAAAUCCCUGCUUGGUUCAUUACUGUCGGAAAGGUAGAGAAUGUGUAGUCAAAGAUGGAGAACCGACCUGCGUUUGUCAAACGAGCUGCCCACCACACGAGCGACAAGUAUGCGCUACCGAUGGAAGGAUAUACUCGAACCACUGCGAAAUUCACAGAGCGGCUUGUCUCUUCAAUACUGUCAUCACUUCUACUCGAUGGUCGUUUUGCGAAAAGAACGAAGAGCGAUCUCUGGUCACAGAAUCUCAGAUAUAUUUUGAAGAAGUCACAACAACAACAACAUCAACUACAAGUACUACUUCGACAAGUUUAAAUGAAAAUACUCAAGAUUUAAAUGCGCAACAUCCAGAUUCGAAUGAUUUGCCUGAAAUGUUCAAAAAUGAUAAUGAGACGGUGGAUUCCAAUGUGCCAUCAGCAGCACAUACUGACAAUUACCUUCCCGAGAACUCAACCGAAGAUUCGGACUACCUGGACAAUGAUAUCAAUGAAGAUUAUGACAAGAAUGAUCUGUACUCCGACAAAAAAGACUGUACUAUGCAGGAAUAUGAAGUACUUAAGGACAAUUUGUUACUCUACAAUCACGCUAGGUUGAUGUCCCAGAACAAUCAUAGCAAGGACUACUUGGUCUCCAUUAUGUUUUCUCAUUACGACAGAAACAACAAUGGCAACUUGGAAGCCACCGAGCUGAAUGAGAUGUACAUUCAAGAACGACUAGAGACUCUUAGUAGAGGUUGCUCUUUGUCUGAUAUGAUUCUGUACGAUGACACAGACCACGACGGAAAACUAAGUAUUAACGAAUUUUAUGUGGCGUUUAGCAAACUAUAUAGCGUCUACGUCGUUUCUUUAGACAAGGCUUUGGAAACCAACCAUCUAUCGGCACGUGUGGGGGAUAACGUCGAAAUCAAAUGCGACGUUACUGGAUCGCCCGUACCUCCCAUCAUUUGGAGAAGAAACUCCGUCGAUCUGGCCACCCUUAAUAAUGAAGACGUGAGAGUUUUUGGUGACGGCAGCUUAUACUUAACCAGGAUUCAGCUGCAGCAUGCCGGCAAUUACACUUGCCACGCUCAGAGGAACAAGGACAUCGUUCAAACACAUAUACUGACAGUGCACACCGUACCCGAAGUACAUGUGACACCCAGAUUGCAGUCCAAAAGACCGUGCGAAGACGCUUACAUGUUGUGCCACGUAGCAGGUGAACCAUUUCCCAAAGUGGAGUGGCUUAAAAAUAACGAGCCUUUGAAGAUGGAUCGCUCCCGUAAGUAUCAAAUCAUCGGCAAUGGAACGUCACUUCGGAUAAGGAACAUCGAAUUUGCAGAUACUGGGGCGUACAUGUGCCAGGCUACUAGCAUCGGUGGAUUGACUCGCGAUAUCAGUUCAUUGGUUAUACAAGAACAACCAACUACAAGCUCCCCUAACGAAGAGCGUCGAUUUUUUGCCUUCCACGAUUGGGGAAUAUCCGUGUACGAGCCGUCCACUUGUCGUCUCUAUCACAGGAUACAAUCUACCGACAUUAUACCAGGAACACAAGAAUACGUUUGUGGCGAUAAGGGUGUCAAAUGCGAAUGGGGAAGAGCCAUCAACAUAGCCAACCGUUAUGUGUACGCCAGUCAACCUACAAGAGACAGAGUCAUCAUCAUAUCGAAAGUCCAAAUGGUAGUCGUAGACGUCGUCAGCACGGACAAAUAUCCGGUGGAACUGCACCACAUACCACACCUGGACCAAGUCUGGGUACUAAACUGGAGGUCGGCGAAUAACACGGGAAUUAAAACAAUUCAGGUCAUUCGAGACGCUGGUCAAAAAAGAAAACAUCACACCGUCCAUCCUGAACCAAUCGACGGACAAUUUGAUUUAGUCGCUGGAUUAUUCAUCCCUUCGUGUAGACAGGAACUGGCUCACUACAGCUUUAAAUACGGAUACGUGACUCAUACUAAUCAGAGAGGAUUGUACAAAUUGGAUCUGGUAAAUCUGCGAUACACCAGUUCGGUGGAUCUUACGCCUUACAACUGCGUACCGACCCAAGUCAGAUUUUCAUCAUUAUAUGGUAUGGUAAUAAUGCAGUGCAUAGAACCAAUAACUAAUAGACCAACAGGACAACUCAUCUUAGACUAUUUAACUGACAGUGUUAUUUCACUCAAACCGAACCUGCCAGGAGAGCCUUAUAUUUCGCCAGAUUCUAGACGAUUAGUGACUCUGGACACGACUAGCAGUGGGUCUACAUUAAUAGUCCAGGAAAUUACACCAAACGGACUUAUGUUCAGUUUUGACGUCAAAACCACUUUGAAUAUUUCCGAUAUAACCUUCUAUCCAAGUCAGACUACACAUAGCUAUGACAUUUACGCAUCAGCUCAAGAUAAAGAAGGAAUCUUAUUCUUAAAUCUUCUAACAGGUAAAGUCGAAAUGAUCACAGGAGUGGGAAGAGCAAUGCCUAUGCAUCUUACGAAGUGGAAUAACCCAAGUAGACCAAUAAGAGCAGCUAGUGGAUUCUGUCAGUACAUGGUAACACCGGCCAACGAAGCUCUUUUCGUAAUCAACGGCAGAUCCAGAACUGUCAAUUGCGAAAUCGGCGGCGUAGAACAUCCUAGUCAGAUUGUGUGGACUUCGCUUAAGUAUCAUUAG